AUGCUGUUGGGCUGCCCUUGUGCAUCGGCGAUGAGCGGAGCACUGAGAGGCAAAUGCUUCUCACAAAAUGUCUCGCCAAUGGCAAUAAUUCGUGCUCCUUGCAAAGUACGUUUCGAUUGGGGUAAGAGCAGGCACCGCUAUGGGCAUUUGGCGGCUCAGGUAUUGCCCCAGAAAGAACAGACGAAGCGCGAAAGCGACAGCAACAACACAACACGCACGGAGCGUAUUCUCAGAGUGGCCCGAGCUGUCGGCAACAAUUCUCACUGGAUGGGCAGACGCUGGAUCACCAGGGUUAUUUUGUUAGAUGAUAUGUCUGACGCCUUGAUAACUGCGGCGUAUGUUAGUUUCCAACGUCGACGAAGAAUCUGCAUUGCGGGCUUUUUGCUUCCUUUUUUUUUUUUUUUUUAUUCACUUUCUCCGUAA